CUCUACUCUAGCGAGAGCGUCUGUAUUUCUGUACACACAUGAUAAAGAAGUAUUACUAUCCUUGUGUGUUAUCUCGCUUCAUUGAGAAUCCCUUCGUGCGUUUGUAUUUACAUACAUUAAAGAGUCUUAAAAAACAGAAUAUAUAUCACAAACUAAGUCAUCAGCUUUCUCAUAUCACAUACACUUUUAUAUAUCUCAUAUAUCAAUUACAUAUACAUACUCUAACAAUGGACGGCGGUGAUGAUAUGAACGUUGACCGUAUGGUGGCCCGUAACGGCACCAAAGGAACUGUCGACAAAGACGGUAACUUGACAUCGGCAGAUUACUACUUCGAUUCGUACGCACACUUUGGUAUCCACGAGGAGAUGCUUAAGGAUGAGGUGCGCACUAACAGUUACCGUUGGGCUAUUGAGCGUAACCCCCAUCUGUUCAAAGACAAGAUCGUCCUGGAUGUUGGCUGUGGAACCGGCAUCCUGUCUAUGUUUGCGGCCCGUGCCGGUGCCAAGCACGUGUACGGCAUCGAGUGCUCGGGUAUCGUUGACGUAGCGCGCAAGAUCGUCGCCAACAACGGACUAGAGGACAAGGUAACUCUCAUACAGGGGAAGGUUGAGGAGGUGACCCUCCCCGUGGAGAAGGUGGAUAUUAUCAUCAGUGAGUGGAUGGGCUACGCGCUUCUGUACGAGUCUAUGCUGGAUACGGUCAUCUACGCACGGGAUCAGUGGCUGGUGGAGGGGGGUCUGGUGUUCCCGGACAAGUCGACGCUGUACAUGUGCAUGAUUGAGGACAGUGACUACAAGAGUCAGAAGAUCGACUGGUGGAAAAACGUUUACGGGUUUGACAUGUCCAUUGUCAGUGAGAUGGCCAUGGCCGAGCCUUUGGUAGACACUGUAGACGCCGCCAGCAUUGUCACCAACCACUGUCCGCUGAUCACCAUUGAUAUCUCGACCGUGAAGAAGGAGGACCUGGCCUUCCAGGUACCCUUCAAGCUAACCGCAACGCAGACGGACUACGCCCACGCGUUUGUGAUGUGGUUCGACAUUGAGUUCUCCAAGUGCCACAAGCCCAUCUACUUCGGAACUGGCCCUCACCACCGGUACACUCACUGGAAGCAAACUGUGUUCUACUUCGACGGUGAGAUGACGCUCAACAACAACGAGACGGUCGAGGGAAUGGUCACGUGCAAGCCCAACGAGUCCAACCAUCGUGAUCUUGAUUUCAAGCUCGAAUACACGCACGAGGGGGAGAUCCAGAAGUCGGGUGAGAACACCUACGUGAUGAGAUGAGUGGGGUGUGGUAGGUAGCUCGGAUGCCGUCGGUGGAGUUUGUACAUAUAUAUAAUAAGAUGCGACGCGGGCGUAUGCAUUCGCCCCAUUCUGUGCGCCAGACAAAGGGAAGACAAGGAAACCUAAAACCCUAAAAACUUAGUAAGUGGGAAUCUUUAUAUAUAUAUAUAUAUGUAAAGCCCAUGUGAGUAUGCACCGUUACUGUGACUGCUGUCAGAGGACUGUGUAAGUGAAAAUAGCUGUCGUUCCGGGAUUUUCAGGUUUGAAUGGAAUGAUGAAACCAAUG